CUGUGGGGGGUGAAGCGCCUGCCUCUCCAGGAGGAGCCGCCGCCGCCACUGCCGCCGGCGCGGCGGAGCUGGGGCUGGUGGCGCUGUGGUGCCGCCGGCUCGGGGGAGGGUCAGAGCGGCCACCGGCGGCAGCGGCGGCGCGGCCCGGCUCCGGCCAGGCGGGCGGGUGGCCGGGCGGGAGGGCGCUCGCCGCUCCCUGCCCCGGGCCGGCCCGGGGGGUAACCUGGACGUCGUCCCCGACUGUCAGGGGGUACUGCGCCGCCGCUGCCACCUUCGACAACCCGGCGGGGCUCCCAGCGGGGACCUUUGGUUUGUUUACGUCCCGGGAGCGCCGGGGGCCACCCGCAAGCCCAGCAGGCGCCCCGAUCUUUUGUGUGCCGGCGCGAGUGGCGCGGUCCUGUCCUUCCGCGCCCGGAGACCCUCCGCUGGGGCUCUUUGGGGGAACUUGGCGGUUGGCAGCGGGGGCGGGUAGAUCGCAGCGCCCGGGACCGCCCGGCGGGCGCGGGCGCGGGUGCGGGAGGAGGGCUCCAACUUUCUCGGUGCGCAGGCCCCGCGCCGCGCGCGCCGGCUGCCCGGGCAAGGGGGCGCUUCCUGUCCGCCACCAAUCUCGGCCACCACGCUGCGCGCUUGGGGACUCCCGCGACCCCCUUCCCCCCUGCCCAGUGACUCGCUGCCCCGCCGAAGCGACACUCCUGUCCUCUCCCCGGGGGUCCUGUCCUCUGCAGGGUCCUGGGCGCUAUGGAGCGCGCGGCAGGUCCGCUCCGAGGUGUCUUCUCGGGCCAGGUUCUCGAAAGCCAAGUCCCGGGGUCCCCGCUGGACUGUGGCGAGCUGGGUGGUGGUCCCCAUCCUGCGCCCGAGCUGCCGGAGUGCCUCGGGGGCGAGGUCCUGCCUGCCAUCCCCAACCUGGAGGAGCAGCGCGCCCUUGGGGUCCGCCCCGCACGUGCCAGCCCCGCGAUCGCGGCGCCUGGACAGCCCCGGGACUCUGCCAGGUGGAUGUUGUGCGUAGCCGGAGCCAAGUUGAAGAGAGAACUCGACGCCACGGCAACCGUAUUGGCGAACCGGCAAGAUGAGAGCGAGCAGUCCAGAAAGCGGCUUAUCGAGCAGAGCCGAGAAUUCAAAAAGAACACGCCGGAGGUGAGGCGGGGGUCCCCUGAUGCUGUCCUCUCCAGGGGUCUCGUGACCCUCGGGCAUGUUCAGAGCACGUGUCCUAAGCGUGGCGACAAACGCGUGGCGAGCCUCCCGCUGCUUUCUUCUGUUCCCUGUCCCCAGCCCUGUCCCAGGAUGCGGGGUGUCCCGCACAGGUGUGGGGAUGUGACAGUGGCUAGCCUCUCCAGAAUCAUUUAAGCCACCAGCUGAUUCCAAAUGCAGACGCUGAGCAAGCCGAGUGUGUGAGAGGAGGGGACCAGGCGUGCAUAUAUGUCGGGUAGUGUGUCACCAAAGUCCUUAAAGGGACAUGGGGGGGCAGUGGGCCUCGGGGCCUGCCGCCCUGGUGUGGGUCGGCAGAGUGUGUGAGGAUGGCACCAUGCGGUGUUUCUUGGAAAACAGACAUUUCAUCUGCUCCAACCUUUGUAACGCCUGUGUGUUUCUGGAAAUGUGCCGUAAACGGCAUCGGGAAGGCGCUUGUCACACGCGAUGAGGGUACAGUACCCAGAGUAGCUGGGCGGCAUCCUGUGUUCUCUGGGUUCCUUUGUCCCCUUCAGUCACUUUGUCUCCCUUCAGUCCCAGGCUUAGUAAGAAACGAAGAGAAGCCAGAGUUGUCCAGACAGGUGAGCGGGGCUCUUGGGGGGCCCCGCUGGGCUCGUGCCAAGCCUCCUGCGCCCUCCACUGGGGUGAGUGGGUGGCAGCUGCCUCGGGCCUCGGAGUCUUGCUGUGGCUGUCAGCUGUUCCAGGUGGGACAAAGGGCCAAUCCUGGAAGGAGAGCCUCUUUCUGGGAGGGAGAGGGCCCUCGUUUCUAGCCUAACACUCCUGAGAAGUGGGUGUGAAACAGAACUUUGCAGGUGGACUUGCUUUAGGGUUUCCCAGCUGAUUGCCGUUCAGGGUGUGCUGUCUGGAGUCACUCUGGAAGUCAAACAAUUAACCCCCUAUUUUUGGGAUAACUACUGGAGAGGAAGCAGUAACCCAGGGCAGACAAACAGGGCUCGGUUCUGAGCCAUGCCCUCCCUCACCCCAACCUCGCCUGCCCAAGGGUGGCAGGUUGGGGCCACUGGCACUUGGAGGCUUCUGCUAUUGAGGUGGGGCUCUCAUUCCCGUGAUGGCACAUGUGCGGGGAGGCGGCUGUGGUCACACAUGUGGAGUGUCAGGCUGGGCUUGGGGCCCACCGUGGUGUUCGGGGUCUCUGUCUGGAGGGACCCAGGCAUCUUUCUGGUUGUACUGGCAGGUCGUUACACGCUUCUAGGCAGGGCAUGUACGAAACUGAAGGGUGCUCAGAACUUUGGCGAGAGGGGUAAAAAAAACAUCUGGUUUGUCGUGAGGAACGGCGUCCCCUUCCCUGUGCUCGUGGCUGUGAUCCUUAUGACCCCCACUGGGGGCCAGGCCAGUGUCCUUGCUGGUGUGUACCUGUGUGAUUUCUGAUGAAAGGCCCCGUCACCUUGAUCUGGGGAUGAGGAACCCUUCCGCCCGACGUGUCACACACGGGAUCAGCGCCCAGCAGAGUCGGAGGGAGGAGGACCUGGUCUGUAGUCAGGCGGGUCAGAAUGAAUUUUUAAAGUGUCAGUUACGUGUCGGUAGAGAACUGCAUUGCAGUCGUUGUUAUCAUUGCGUACGCCUGUCGAGGGCUUGUUUUGAGACAAGGUCUUGCUAUGUAGCUCAAGCUGCCCUGGAGUUCAUGAGUUACUGCCUCAGGUACAAGAAUUACAGGCAUGUGCCACCAUUCCCAGCUUGCUUGUUUCUCC